AUGGAUGGCCUUUCCAGCGCUGCAAGCGUCAUUGCUGUGGUCUCCGUCGCAAUACAAAUCGCCAGUGGCCUGAAUACCCUUAAAACAUUCUGGAGUUCCAUGAAAUCGGCGCAUAGCGACGUAACAAUCAUACUUGAAGAUAUCCAACUAAUUCUCCACAUCAUCGAAGUCAUUCGUACGAACUGCCAGAAAUACGGAUCAUUGGACGAUGAUACCGCUGCCGCCACGGAGUCAGCGCUCCGAAGCUGUCAGGAUCGAGUGGUGGCUCUGAACAAGUUGGCUAAAAGUAUAGAGCGUGGCCAAGGAUAUCCAAAGAUUUCAGGAUGCGCUUCACGAUGCGAAGUUGACUCUGGUUUUGACGAGACAAACGUCGUCCUUGCGAUUACCCAACGCGGUCUGAAAGGUAUCCAGACGGAUAUCUCGAAUCUCAAACCUGGCAGGAAACAAUACUUGUCGAUGAUGCCGUUUGAGAGAGAUUCGAGAUUCAUUCCGCGUACAACAGCCAUGGCCGGCUUGAAUACGCUCAUCACAACCCAGAAAAAGGCCGGGCUGACUGGUAUGGGAGGAGUCGGCAAGUCUCAACUAGCUAUUGAACUAUGUUAUAGCGUCAAUGAAAAUAGCCCUGAGCAGCAUAUUAUAUGGAUCUAUGCUAGUACGGCCGAUCGUAUACAGGAGGCAUAUCUAUCAAUCGCAAAGGAGAUACAGCUACCCGGCUGGGAUGAACCGCCAUGCGAUAAGAUGAAUCUCGUAUGGGAGUGGCUCAACGGUGAAGACAGUGGCAAGUGGCUUCUAGUCUUGGAUAGCGCAGAUGAUCUGGACGUCUUCUUCGGGAAAACUUCCAGCAACAGCUACACAGAAAACCUCGGUAGGUAUAUACCUCAUGGAUCCAAUGGAGGUACCUUGGUAAUCACCUCGAGAGACAAAAGGGUGUGCCAAAGGCUGCUGGGAAACGAUUCCAUCAUCGAGAUCGGGCCCAUGACCGAGUCGGAAUCAGCACACUUUCUCGCUUCCAGACUCCCCAGUCCGCAGAGCACUCUUACCGACGAAACUCAUGCUCUGGCCAUGACGCUGGACAACAUUCCACUAGCCAUGUCACAGGCUGCAGCAUUCAUAUCCGAGAACGGACUGAAAUUGGCGGAAUACCAUUCGUUAUUGUUAGCGGAUGAAUUUGGCCCUCUAGACGUACUCGAUGAAGACUUGACCGAACGACGAAGGGAUAGCACGGCGCACAGCUCAAUAUUCCAAACGUGGAAGAUAUCCUUUGAUUAUAUCACUAAAACUCAACCCCAUGCUAGCAACCUCCUCGCUUUUAUGGCCAUGCUUGACCGUCAGGAUAUCCCAAAAUUUCUGUUGCAGGACGACGACGAGAAACCCUUAGUCUUUCACAAAGCAUUGGGAACAUUGCAGGCAUUCGCAUUAGUGACACAACAGCAACAAACUCAAAGCUACAGCAUGCAUAGGCUGGUUCAACUAGCUACGCGUCGCUGGUUACAUACAAAGGGACAGCAAAGGCAGUAUAAGACGGCCGUCUUUAAACGCCUAACCCAAAAGUUUCCCAGGGCCCAGUACGAGACUCGGGGAUAUUGCGGUGCAUUGGCCUCGCACGCACGCCUCGCGCUGUCGUAUGAAGGCGUAGUGUCCGUAAAUCAGCUGGAUCUAGCAAUGUUACUGCAGAAUCUAGCGACGUUCGACACAAUGCAAGGAAGACUUUUCGAAGCUCGGGAUUACCAGAAGAGGUGCAUUUCCAUCCGGGAAACUCACCUCGGGCUGUCCCACAUCAGCACUUUGGAAUGUAUGCGCGAGCUUGCAUGUAAUCUAAGGGAUGUUGCAGAGUAUGAAGAAGCCGAGAGGCUUCACCGCAGAAGUCUAGUCAUAUUGGAAGAGCCAUCGUCUGGUCCAGAGCUCAGUUCAUCGUUGCUGGCAACAAAGAUUGAUCUUGCUGAUCUUUUAUGGAGUUUGGGUGGAUACGAUGAAGCUGAGAGGCUAGCUCACGAGGCGGUUUCGGGCCGGAUGGAUUUGCUUGGCCCAAGCCAUGCAGAUACAAUCACGAGCAUGGGUGUACUGUCACUAGUUCUAUGUGCUCUUGCCAAAAGAGCGGAGACAGCCGAAGCCUCGGAGAACGAUAUUCAUACAAAGACAAGGUAUAUUGAGUCCGCCAGACUAGCAAGAGAAGUGUUUGAAAAGAGGAAGGAAGCUCUAGGGCCCGAUCAUCCGCAGACGUUAGUGAGCAUGAACAAUCUCUCUUGGAUCCUACGCAAUAAAGGUGAUUUCAUCGAGUCGGAGCUACUAGUACGCGAAGCAUUGAAGAGAAAGGAGGAAGUAUUAGGAGAAGAUCAUCACGACACGUUAAAUUGUAAAUAUUGUCUCGCUGUUGUGGUUGCUUGUCAGGAUCGACAUGAAGAGGCGGAGAAGAUCUACGCACAGCAUCUUGAAGCGGUGGUGAGAGUUCUGAGGAAGGAACAUCCAAACACCAUGAGGAGCAUGCGAGGUCUUGGAAAGACUUUGGAAUCUCAGGGGAAGGUCCAGCAGGCUCUCGAGAUUUAUCGCGAGGCAUAUGAAAGCCUUUUGGGGUCAUUGGGGCCAGAUCAUAUUUCUACCAUGGAGAGCAAGACAUUGUUCGAGAAGCUGUCAUCAUCAUGA